AUGAAGUCGAUCAUAAACCGCCAAGGAAACGAUUCAAAGCCGCGUAACGUGAUCAACGACGAGCUUGCACUUUACAUCUUCGCUUGCCGUCCGAUCGAGAAAGCAAAGCCCAUUGUGUCCAGCUCUAUACUCGCCUUGAGAUUCGGCAUAACACCCAAGGCCAUCCGAGACAUAUGGCGAAGACGAACGUGGGUAAGGGCUACCCUACAAGACUGGACUGUCAAGGAAAGAGAAACGUAUGAAGGUGAUGAAAUUUGCGAGGGAUGUUUGUACACUGUGUCUGGGGAGAAGACCAUUUGCAACGAAUGCCAGAAGAUCAAGCGAACAAGAAGAGAGAAGAAAACACCCGCUCAUGCUGAGACAGACGUCAAGGAUGAUCCCGCACCCAGCGAUAGUCACGAUGUCAAGAUUGUUGGCAUGGCAGGAUCACCAGCUCAAGUCAACGAGGUCCCCCAAGGAGGCGUGUGCGAUGAAUUCAGCCGGAGCAGCUCGAGCCAUCAUAACGGCUGGCUUAUGGAUGCAGAGCGUAUCGGAUACUUUCUGAACAACUAG